CAGAAAUUCAUUGGAUGCACUUUCUCAAGCACUUUGCUCUGGUCAGCGGAGGCGCUUCCGGUGCAUUGUGGCUCUGCGUAAACCAAGAUACAACUACCAAGACCAUUGCCAACUAUAGCACACGCCGUAGCAAUCACCAACCAGGAGCAGCAGCGGAUGGGACAUUGAGCUCUACAGUCAUCAGUGCUGCUGCUGGGCGGCGGAGAGUCGCGCUGAUGCCCUCGACCGACGAGCAGCAGCAGCAGCAGCAACAGCGCCCGCCGUCAUCACAAGCAGAAUCGUCGGAAUCGCCAAGAUCAUCGAGUGCUAAUGCGGCUCCUGCGGUCAGAGCGCGCGGUGCUGCUGGGCCGGUCGCGUCGCUGGCCGACCUGAUUGCGUCGGGCAAGGGCGGCCCGCCAGUCGGUGCAGACGGCCUCUCGCCAAUGAUGCGUGCUGCUGGCUAUGUUGUCGUGCGACCAGGCGUCGUUCGGCUGCCGGACGGGCGCGAGAUGGACGAGAAGGUGCUCUCCCAAGUCCUCGAGGCUCGCGCGCGUGCGCUGGGUCUCAAGCUGACGUCCAGGGACGGCAUGGGCCAGAGCGUCGAGGAUACAAACACGGACGAAGCAGAGGAGAUUCGCUCCAUUUUGCGGCGGUCCAUGUUCAUGGGCUUGAACGAGCAGCAAACGCUCGACUUGGUCGUCUCCAAGUUUGGCCCGGAGGUUCUCAUCGAGUCCAACUUUGAUCUCGGCAAGGCUGCGCUCUAUGCCAUUCCAGGAAUCAUCGCUGCAAGCCUGGUGCUCGCGGCCGUCACUUCGCGGCGAGCCAAAGCGCCGCCAAAGCUGGUCGAGUACGCGGAACACCUCAUUCCACCAGCCAUGCCAGUUUCCGGGCAAAUGCACCAGUACCUGACGAACUUGGUCACAAUCCCGCCGCGGCCCUCGAGCAGGUCGGAUGUUGAUAACGAUUCUCGCUCGUGAAUGAGCAUAUGCCCCCCGUUGGUUUUUGUUGUUGUUGUUGAGAACAAUACAUCGGAUAUUCCUAUUUGUGAA